CCUUCUUCUGGGUGUGUUGGCCUAUGUACAAUAGCUAACUUUAGUGGGAUUUCUUGGCUUUCUUUCGGACCUGGUAGAAAAGAAAAAGCCAAUGUUACCAUAGGUUCAGAACAAUGUGUAACCACAGUAAGGAGGCUACUGUGACUCCAACUGCCAUACUCCACUUGUUUUAUGAGUUGUAUUUGAAUAACUAUACUGCAGUAGGGUGUUUUGGACUAGUUCUGCUCACAGCAACAAAUACCACAAAACCCACACAGUGUAAUUGCCAUACAAACCAACAAAUAUCACUAAGUGCUAAUUAAUAGUAACUUACGUUUGUUUUUUUGAAUC